AUGAGCUCAUUCAUAAAUAUGAACUACAUGUGCAGCCAGAUAUCCCUCCCAGCUUGCUCUGUUCUCUUUAGAAACAACGUGCAUGCCCAGUAUCCCUCGCGCUCCAUACAGAUAUUCAACCUAAACAUGUACUCUCCCUACACGAUAAUGGUUCUGGCAAUGAACAUUGUAAUGACUUUGGUGCUAAUUAACCGAACAAAAAUAAAGUACUCCUUUCCCGCGAGGAAGGAAAUGCUUAUCUUCCUGAAGGUGUACCUUGGGUCUUUGCUCUUUGAUUUAGUUUUGUGUCUGGGGGUUGUCAGGACCUCGUGGAGCAUUGCAUACGCAGCUUUAGUGAGCUUCCAGGUGGCGUGCACUGUGACAUGCUUUGUGUCUGCGAUGUGCACAGGACUUGUGUGGAUGCUUCCCAACCGAGUUGCCAGCUCUUGCAAGAACAUCGCGUGGUUCCUUACAGCAUGCUCUCUUGCUGCAACUUUCUUUGGGUCUCUUCUGUCCAUAACCGCUGGCAUUGGCGAAGGCCUUUUCCUUCUUCUUUACAUUGUUCCUUUUUUCUUUGCCACUCUCUUCUCCUUUACACAGCUUUCAAAGCUGAAGAUUCUCAAUGCUGAAAUAUGGUACUACGGGUCUCUGCUGGUGACUAUUCUUCUUGUUUCUGUCAUUGCGCUUACUCCCGUUGUAUUUGGGAUGCUCAUCGUGAUGGUCUCAGACAGAUACCUCGAUGGCAUAUUUUUAAUCCAUGUUCUCGCGAUGUUUGCUGUCAUAAAAAUAUACGAUCUGUGGUGCAUCGACAACGAGCAGGAGAUAGAAUGUGUUAAUACUGUUGAACUAGUGAAUAAAUAA